AUGAUUCAAAAGUUCUCUCGGUUUGUCAAUUCCGGCGCUGGUCUGGAGAAGACCCUCCGGCUGGUCCAAUGCACGGCCCAGGUUGUCGCCGCGCUCACCGUGAGCAGUGCCCUGGUCGUGCAAUUGACCACAGUCAAGUUGCAAUUGGCAUUGGCGCGGAGAUACUUCCGUUUCUUCGGAUUCAUUGAUUCCUUCCAGCGCAUGUCUGCAUUGCUCGGCAAGGAUGGGUUCAGCUCCGUGGGUGGAUUGAUUGGCCUUGCCAAAUGGACUUGCUUUGGCCUCUAUUUCCUCCUAGAGGACCUGACCACGCUCCAUGCCAUGGGUGUCUAUUCAGUGUCCUGGCAUGAUCCUGUCAUGGACCAGGCCAAUACAUUCUGGCUCUAUGCUCUGUCUUUCUCAGUUGUCGGUAGUAUUUGGGCUCUCCUGUUCGGUCCGUCAGAGCAGCCAGCCAAGAAGGAAAGCAAGAAGAAGGACCAGAAGGCUGAAUCCGAGAAGACUGUUCCCGUCAAGGCGACUCCUUCCUCUGCUUUGAUCCAGCAGAUUGUGGUCGAUAGUUGUGAUAUGCUCAUCCCAUUGGAACUUCUCAACUGGAUGCCCACCGGAGAUGUCGUGAUUGGAUCUACCAUGGUAUUGAGUACACUUUUGACGGCUCAAAAUAUCUGGGCUCGAGUGUGA